GGGUAUUAGGGUAAAGGGUUUUUUGUGGUAUUGAGAAAUGAGCUCUAGUUUCGGAUUUUAUGAAGAGUUUAAAGGUAAAUUUUAUGUUUUGGUUGAUGGGAAUUGAAUGUGGGCUUAUGUAGUGAUCAUUUUUCCGUGUUUAUGUUUUGAUUUUUUGCUUAAUGUUGAGUGGGAGCUUUUGGUUUUUGGUUGAUUAAGAAGGGAACGUGGUGAGAUGGAAACCAGGGGGAACUUUGUUUGGUGAUUUUAAACAAGUUGAGGUUUUUUCGUAAUGGGAGUCCGUGGAUGAACCAUUAGUGUUUUCUCUUAUCGCUCUAUUUAUAUUUGGAACGAGAUAUGUUCUUUGGUUGGCAAGAAAUCAAAUAGUUGGUAAGACAGAGAUGACCUUAUUCAUUACACUUCUUUGAAAAAUGGAAGGAGAAUCUUCCAACGAUGUAGAGUGGAUUACAAAAAGGGUCUUCUACUUGGAUAUAAAAUCAGUGAGAUUCUGAGACUACGGUCGUCUAAAGAAUUUGUACAUUUGCACCCACUAACAGCAGAGAAGAGCAGCAAGUUUAAGCAGACAUAAUAAGGUUUAGCUUUCCAAAAGACAGCUGUUUCUUUCCCUCCACAGAGUCUUGUUGAAAGCUUCCACCAAAGAUUCAGUUCAUGGGUUCAUGAGUUCUUUAAUGUGCCUAUUUUAGAAAGAUUUGGAGGGUGGAAAACAGUAAUUUCUUAUUUGGAUUAGUAGAUAUUUUCAAACUUCCCUUAACUUUUGCCUUAGCAAUCUGUCAAAGUAGUGUUGAACCAUGGCGUUUUGCUUAGAUGUAUAGAAGUAUUGACCUGAAAUUUGCACUACUUCUAGAACGUGUUUAGGGAAAUUUUGUAUCUUUAUAGACGCAUUCAAAUUCCCUUGGGUCAUAUCAAUGUUUGUAAUUGCUUUUCCUCGUUGAUUUUUGUCUUAACUUUCAAGCUAAAUAGCCGAUAUUAUCCUGUUAUUUCCCUUUCGAAACCAUAAAGCAGUACAUCUUAUACACUAUUGCUCUAGAGGCUAAGGUCCAUUUGAUAACAGAUUCUUGAAUUUAGUUGAGAUUUAUUAUCUGCAUGACAUGCCUCAUUUAAAAAGCCAACUUCAGGUAUUAUAGUCUUAAUUGGUUAAGAUAUUAUAACCUUGAUUUAGAAAUCAAAGUUUUGAAUCUCCACCCAUCUGACUCAAGGCAAAUUAUCACUAAUAAUUUUAUAUUUUUGGAUUUAUUUUUGUUAACCUUUUCUUAAUCGUAAAUGAUAAACAUCAUAUAUACUGAAUUAAAAUAUAAAGAAAUGAAGUCUUGUUUCUUUGAAGUUGGCAAUGAUACAAGGAAAUGGCAAAUAUGCAUACCUCAUAAUGGAACUUGUGUUGUUCCGGUUAUCUGUUCUCUGAGGAAAUCCCAUAAAUAUACAAGGGAAUGUCAACGAUUUGGAAAUCAAAUUCUCUGUCAUAGUUAUAAAUAACACUAAAUUUGAUAAGUUUUGUUUUUUGUUUUGGCUUCCAACCCCCGGUAUGUAGUUUCUCUUGGACGCCUUAGUGGCCUCUUGUAACACCCUCCUCUCCUCUAAGGAUUUCCAUUUUUUUUGCUGUCUUGUUCUCUGUCUUCCUCAGGUAUACUCCCAGAUGUCCAAACUCACAAAAUAUCCAUUUGAAAGCCCAGACCAGGCCUCACAGGUUUUGAUAGUCCAAGCACAUCAAUCAACAUUAAACUCCUGCCAUUUUUUUAGACAUGUGGUACACUCAUUUGUGCCUGUCCCUGUAGCUUAACCUCCAGGCGUUCAUCUGUGUCUUCUGAUGUCAGUAAUGUGAUACAUGCUCUGGCUUUGAAAAGAAACUAGACCAUUAAGUGAAUUCUCUCUGUGGCAUUUUGGCUGCUGUUUGAGAGAGAAUUAUUUACUCUUGAGAUUUCUUUUUCAAAGAGAUUAUGUUUGUAAGGAGAAAUUUUUGUAGGUGGCUGCACAAUCUGCUUGUGUUCUAUCAUAGCCCAUCUUCCAUCUGUUGUUUCAACCACACCAGGUUCACCUUGGUGAAGAAAGGAAAUGUUUUGGGGGAUUUUGGCGCGCAAAGUUGAGUUGGUAAUUAUUAUAGAAGUGGAGUAAUUGGGAUAGUUGACUUGAAUAAUGAGGUGAUAAAUAGGGUUGAGGAAACAAGAAAAAAUGAGGCAGAUUCUUCAAAUCCUCGUCAACGUAUUCUCAAUGUGGCUCCCAUCAAUAGCAUGCCAUAUAUUGGUCCACCUCUACCACACAGCUACAUUCCUUCUUCUCCACGAGUUGAAGAUCCAGAGGCUAUGGUGAAGGUUGGGCCAGCUAUGGUAUAUUGCCCUCUCACAACCAGUCAAGAGUGGGAUGAUAUAGUAUCUGCCACCAAAACUGGAGUUUCCCUCACUGGGACUGCAGCCAUGGGAAAAGUUGGACCAGUCAUUGGACGUGUAGACAUUGGCGAGAACGAGAAUUCAUACUUCUUUCGCGUAUCUCUUCCAGGGGUUGCUAGAGAUCAAACAGACAGUUUCAGCUGCGACAUGGAACCGGAUGGGCAAGUGAAAAUAAGAGGAGUAACAACAACAGGGGAGAACAUAGUUUGUAAGAAUUCACAAAUAUUUCGGAUGCAAUCGAAAAAUCUAUGCCCGCCAGGUCACUUCUCUAUCACUUUCCAGUUACCUGGCCCUGUCAAUAACCUACAAUUUUCAGGUGCUUUUGGUGCAGAUGGGAUUUUAGAAGGGAGUGUAGCUAAAAGGUGAUUUAACAGGCUUAAAUGAUUUGUUUUGGGGUGUUAAUGGGUUAGAAUACAGAGAUGAUUGUUGGCUCAUUUUGUUAUGCUAGGUUUAGGAAAAGGCCUUUAUGUGGAAAGAAAACUUUUUUUUAGGAAACAUGGGCUAUUAGGAAAGUCGUUAACUCAUUUUUUUGUCUCUCAUUCCUCUAGAAGGAGAUCCUUUGAAAGGAUCAGCUUUUAUUUUCUUGACGAAGGUCCCAGAAAAACUUCACAAUGCUAUGGAAUUUGUAAUUUUGUCAAAAGAUUUGUUGUAUAGAGAAACAAAGUGACUAGUCCAUUUUACAUCCAAGUUUAUGAUGUCUAUAUGUCUAUAA